ACCUCCAGCUUCUUCAGGUAGUUCACACGAGUCUCCUGCCUCAUGAAGAUCACCACGUCGUGUGGAUGCUUCAGAUUCAGAGGCGAGUCAACCUGAAACCAAAAACAAACAAACAAAUUUCGGUUAGCACAUGACGUCCUGGGGACGACCCAAGUUCCCCCGAAACAGAUCCCAGGCCAAGUGGAGGAACCGAACGGCGUGACUGUUUAUUCAAGUGCUGCUGCGGACACAGGUUCGAAACCCCGUCUCUUAACUGCAGAUGGCCUUUGUUGCACUCUCCACAGAUGGCCUGCUAUGAUGCCAACAAGGGGAGUCUGGAGGAGGACAGCUGCGAUGGACCUGUUGGUGGAGAGAUGUCUGAUUGUGGCUUGGCGAUGCUGGAAAUAGAGCGAGAAUCCCUUUUUUUCAGCCCAGUAGAGACGUUUGGCAACCUCACCCUUGGCAACUCCGCCAGUCUUCAGGCUGAUAUGCCCAUGCAGGGCUACGACGUGGAGUUUGACCCGCCCCUGGAGAGUAAAUAUGAGUGUCCUAUCUGCCUCAUGGCUCUCAGGAACGCUGUUCAAACACCCUGCGGUCACCGUUUCUGCAAGAACUGCAUUGAGAAAUCCAUUCGUGACACGGGACAGAGAUGCCCCGUGGACAACGAAAUGCUGACAGAAGAUCAGCUGUUUCCUGAUAACUUUGCCAAACGAGAGAUUCUAUCGCUAACUGUUCGCUGUCCAAACUCUGGUUGUGUUGAUGAAAUGGAGCUUCGAAACUUGGAGAAUCAUUUGGCGCAGUGUCAGUUUGCGACUGAGACUUGUCCACAGUGCCAGCAGUCGGUGAGAAAGAGCCACUUAGAGGAGCACACCACUGUGGAGUGCCAGAGGAGGCCUGUGUCCUGCCCUGAUUGUGUGGAAUGCUUCGUCUUUGAGGAGAGCGAGCUUCACCAGCAGCAGUGUCCCUUUGCUAGCGUGAACUGUCAGUACUGUGGCAUGGAUCUCAUCAGAGACCAGAUUGAAUCUCAUUGUGACACAGAUUGCACAAAGGCCCCCAUCGCCUGUAACUUCAGCACCUUUGGAUGUAAGGAAAGGAUGCAGCGCCAUGACCUGGCUCAGCACAUGCAGGAGUUCACGCAGAUGCACAUGUGGUACAUGGCUGAGUUCCUGCGUGGCCUUAGCCUCAAUGGCAACACGCCCAAAGCCCUGUGGGCGAGUGGACCGUCUGUCUCUUCCGAGGAUCAAGGAGCUGCAGCAUCACUAUCUUCCUCUGGAGGGCUCAAAGGAGCUGCAGGCGGCGGUGGUGGCAACUGUGCUUCGGCAACUCAGCCAAAUGAAGAGAUGCAGCGGCUCAGAGAGAUGGACGGACGAUUGGUGAAGCAGGAUCAUCGGCUAGUUGAGCUCUCCAUCUUAAAGGAAACACAUGCAGGUCAGCUUGCAGAGCUCCGGAAUAGGGUGUCAAUGCUGGAGGACACGGUGAAGGAGCUGGAGGCCCAGCAGUGCCGCGGUAUCUUCAUCUGGCGCCUCAAAGGUUUCUCUGCCCACAUGCGGAACCAAGAAGCUGGACUCGCGGUGGUCGAGCACAGCCCUGGCUUCUACACGGGCUACCCGGGCUACAAGCUGUGCCUGCGUUUACACCUGCAGACGCCCAACGCCCAGCGCUGCUCCAACUACAUCUCCCUCUUUGUCCACACCAUGCAGGGAGCUUUUGACGGGGAGCUGACCUGGCCGUUCCAAGGCACCAUCCGGCUCGCCAUCCUCGACCAGGGCCUUGAGGGUCAGCACCACGUGGAGGUGAUGGAAACCAAACCAGACCUGCAGGCCUUUCAGAAGCCCACCAUCCAGCGCAAUCCCAAAGGAUUUGGCUACGUUACCUUCAUGCACCUGCAUCAGCUGAAACAGAGAGCCUAUGUCAAAGAUGACACCUUACUUAUCCGCUGCGAUGUGACGUCGCGUUUUGACAAUAUGCCGAAUCGUGAGGGGCCGGCGGUGCAGCCUCGAGGGCCCGAGGCAUCGGUUUCAAGGGACUAAAGUCAAACCCACAUCCAUGGGAUUGUCAUUAUGCUGACAUGAUAUAUGAUAUAUAUAUAGAUACAUAUAUAUAUAUAUAUAUAUAUAUAUAUAUAUAUAUAUAUAUAUAUUAUAUUAAUAGAUGAAUACAAUACAUUCAUUUAAAGUUCACUUUUCAAUAUGUGUUCUCACCCACACAUGGUACCAAUUGUUUAAAUAGUUCAUGUAUAAUCAGCUCCAGAUUUCCAGUUAAAGUCGUGUUCGUGCUGCUGCAGAAUGAGCAUUACUACAGACAUGGCUCUCUGCUUGUGGUUGUUUGAGGUGGUACAAAUAUUUUUUAAGAUAAAGACUUUAAGACCUCUGGUGUCUCUCUGUAGCAGUGUUUGGUCAAAUAGAUCACAGUCUUUUUAACCUUAUCCUCUUCUAACCUCAUCCACGUGUAUGUACAGAGAGUGCUGGUGAAAACCUGCUCACAAUCUGAAAGCAAAAGCAAGUCUGGUCAUGACCUCUAAACAGAAGAACGGCUAUGUGUGUCAGCUGUAUGGUUUCAUUUUCAUUUUUAUGUUGGAUAUGUGGUUGCAGUAACCUUGUUAGUAUCUUAGAAAUGUUCCAAGAGAGACUGAAGAGAAAGUGUAAAAGUUGGCGUAUUUAUGGAUGUUUAAGGACGAUGCAAGUUUCAGAAUAUUCACAACUCUGCUUUGUGAGGAAGGAAAUGUACUUGUUGGACCUUAAAGACACACCAGUGUAUUUUGAUGUAAACAUCAUGUCUUUACAAAGCUCCACAGGGUUCUUUAAAAGAAGGUGAUUGUAAGGAUCGGGAAUAUCCGUUUUCAAAUUCAUGUGCUCUCCAAAAGCAAACUUUCAUUCAUAGAUUUCUUUCUUCAAUCGUCUGACCUUGUUGUGUCUCUUUGACGCACAGCUUUUGUCAACACGGAGCGUUUUUGUGUUUCGUCAACACUGUAUAUUUUUGCUGAAAGCAUGAGAGCGGAGCAGAAGCUGCUCAUUGUACUUUUUAUUUGUGCCUUUCACUCGUAGCUCCUGCCAAAUGUGACUUAUAUGAAUAUUUCGAGAGUAGAUGUACAUCACAUCCUCUGAUAUAUUAUGCUGCCUGUUAAGCUUUUAAAGAUGUGGAUAAAAGAUUUUACGCUUGCUUUAUUAUUGCAUUGGUUUCAGUGUAUAAACAAUAUCAAUAAGAUAUUAUUUGGAGUAUUUGGGAUCAAAUGCUGCCUUAAAUUAAUGCUAAGCUAACCUCAUUAGACCAUACAACGACUUGUGUUACAUUCUAAAUAUUAUAUAUAUUACAACGUUUACACGAGUUGCUAGUAUAAUAUUCAUUUCAUAUUUACAUUACAGAGCAUAGUCUGAGGUACUUGUCAGUGUCUUAAAAUACUGUAAAAACAGUAUAUACACAUUUUAUAAUGUGAUUAAGACGUAAACAUAGUGAGACUAAGGUCAGGUGACUUGACAUGCCUUCAUUUGAUUAUCCCUUAUUCCGAGUUUGACCUUAAUUCAGGUUAAGGUCAUCAGAAAAUGCUGUUUACAUGCCACUGUCUUAUUCAGAGUAUUGUCUUAAAGGUUUGGGUUAAUAUUGUAUUAUUGGUGUCCAUGUAAACAUUUCCUUUGUUACAUUAUAAUAGGAAAAACAGCCUUUUAACUGAGUUUUAUUCCUGUAUGUGUUUGUCACGCUCCUGAGGAACCAAAGUGACUCAUAUGAUGACUUGCUCCACCUUGUGUUUCACAGUUAGAACAGUCAGAGCCGUGUUGUUAGAAUGUGUGUCAACAACAGGAAGCUGCAGACGCAUCAAUGUGUCCUGAAACAAAACAACAGCCAAUCACCAGGCAGGCAUCUUCGUUUUAUACAUUUAAAUUAAAGUCCAAACAACAUUCCCAUCACCUUACAGAACGAUGUACCACAAUAUUAAUAUUAAAUAAAGAGAUUGACUGUUAUAUUAUU